UUUUUUAUUUAUUUUUUUACUGCUCGUCCCGCCUGUUAUAAUCAUCUAAUUACAGAAAUCACGGAUUUCACUUGCUCGCGCCAACUAUCAAACAAUAUUGCAUUGAUCAAACUUUCAUUGUUCGCAUCAUCGACUCACCAAACAACCCAAACGCAUAAUUGAAUCAAAUCAACUCAAAGCAAAAUGUCGGCUGUUCAACUUUCCUUCUCUCUCCGCGUCUCCUCUGGCGUCAAGACUGUCCACCUUCUCGGCUCUUGGGACGGUUAUGUCGGUCAGCUCCCUCUGUCCAAGGACAAGUCCUCCUCCAAGUCCGGCUCCUGGAAGGGCACCUUUCGAUUCCAGAACUCAACUCUUGAGGCUGGCCAACGAUACUGGUACUACUACAUCAUCGAUGGUUACCAUGUUGCCCACAACCCUAGCGUCACCUCAACCAUCGAGCCCACCACUGGCCGUGAGCUGAACGUUCUCGACGUUCCCACCGACUCCCACAAGUCUUCGUCCCACCGCUCUUCAUCUUCCAAGUCUUCCUCCAAGUCGUCUUCUUCUUCUUCUUCUUCCAAGUCCUCAUCCAAGUCAUCGUCGCACAAGUCUUCCUCCAGCAGCAAGAGCUCUUCUCACUCCUCCAAGGACAAGGAGUCGCGAUCCUCGCGAUCCUCACGCCACAGCUCUAAGCUCUCAGUUGACAUCCCCAAGGGUCGCCCCCUAUCAAUCUCUCAGAUCCAGGCCCCCAAGCCCAUGUCUCCCCAUGCGACUAAGCACAUCUUGGAUGCUUCCUACUACGACAAUGAGGAACUUGAGGAGCUUGCCGACCGCUUCGGCAGCGCCAACAUCGAGGACGAGUUCAUCACUGACUUCAGUACAUCGCCAAUCUCCUCCAGUGGUUCUUCUCUGUCCUACCGCUCCGACAGCUCCUCACCCAACUCGUCCCUCUCUGGCUACAGCACCCCCGGAUCCGACGUCAGCUCUUGCACUUGCGAGCGCUAUGGUAUUACUCGCAAGGGCGAGCGUGUCAAGCUCGACUGCGGCGGAUCCCGCUGUGGCUACGAUGACGAUAGUGACUCCAUCUGCUCUAGUGGCAGUGAAGACGAGUAUGAGUAUGAAGAAGGCUCCGUCUCGCGCACCAGCUCUCGCCGCCACGGCGUGGUCGCAUAAAUGCGUCAGUGUGCGGAGGGCUCUGUGGCAACAGGUUGAGAGAACCUCUAGCCGUUCAUUCUUUGAAUCGGGCAUCCCCUGGCAGCGCACUCGCGCCGGGAUGACUCGACCUAUGUUGUUGUGGUAAUAUCAGCAAUCAUUUCUCUGUUCCGACCUGCGUCACGCUGUCAGACGUGGAUGGUACGCCGAGCUGGUCUCGUACGUUCCACCGCGACGAUGCGUUGAUCGUUAGCUAGGUCGAUGCUGCGGCCGUUCGGCGCAGUCCUCUCAAGGCUGCGCAGACGUAAUUUCUAUUCCUCACUCUGUUGGUUCCUGAGUGAGCUGGGAGUUCUCGAAAGAGGCUGUCCCAGAAGCAAACAAUGUCAACGCAUGAGAAAUCUCAUCUGUUCUGAUGAUGAGAUCCCGUUUCUUGCAGACAAUAUCUGGAUGUGGUUCAGGGCCUGGCGAUUGAUGAAGGUCUAGACUAGCCAUUACGAAGUAUGAGGUGGAUGAUCAAGGACAGUCAUGAGCAACGAUUUAAUGAGUGAAAUAGCUUAGCUGUCUAGGAUAGAUGACGAUUGAAUCUAUUCAUGAAACGAGAUAAGAGGCUUUGAGUAACAGAGCAACGUG